UCAUAUAAUCGGUGUAUAAUCGACAAUUCACGUGUAAAAUAAAGGCAAAAAGCAAAAAAAAGAAGAAGAAGAGAUGCUUGGUGAAAGUAGCAAGAAGGGAACAAAUGACUAAAGAAGUGUUGCCCUUGUGUUUUGCAUGACAUAAAAGUGUGGACAAGAUGUAUCUUGUGCCAAACUCGACCCCCAAAGCUUAGCUCAUGAAGCGAGGAUUGAUCAAAUAUCUAAUGAGGAACACAUAGCACUCACCCCCUCGCAAAUAUACAAGCCUAACUCAACCCGAGAAGCUAGGUCACGAUGUGAGGCUUGUCGGACACACAACACAUAUCCUCAGCUAAUGUGAUGUGUUAAAAAGUGUAAAAGUCACAGUAACAAAACAUUAGAUUCUCAAAUACUUUGGGUAUUAGAAGAGCAAUCGAUCCAGCGUAAAGGCUUGUAAAGAAAUAUUUCGCAACACUAUGCUUCUACUAGCAGUAUAUAUUAAAGCCAUUUUGUGACUGGUGAGUGGCAUCAACAUAAUCUGCAGAAACAAGUAGCGAAAAUGGCCUCAGAAAUUCAAAAACAUUCAUCAGGACAAGGAAUGGGAAGGACUUCUUCAAAUGAGCUGCGCGAAAUGGAGAAAGACGUUAAAGAUAAAAUAUUUCAAGCAGCUAUGGCGAAUAAGUGGACAACAGUUAAGCAUCUGUACACCGACAAGAAGUUUGCGCAGUUUGUGCAUGAAUUAAAACUCACUCGAUCUGAAGAUACUGCUCUUCACUUAGCUAUCACUGCUUACCAUCCAGAUCGAGACGACUCUUUACAGCAUCCUCAUUUUACUUGUAUCAAGGAAAUGAUAGAUGACAUACCAAAGGAAAAUCGACUACAUACCUUAAAGCAGAAGAAUGAUAAAGGGAACACACCUCUUCACCUUGCAGCAGAACUCGGGAGUGUCAAGAUCAUUGAGUGUUUGGUAAACCCAUCAGACUCUGAUCUCAUCAGGGAGACCAAUUCAAAAGGGGAAACCCCCUUAUUCGUAGCAGCUUACCGUGGCAAGCUAAAAGCUUUUCUCUACCUACAGAAGUGUUGUCUAAAUCAAAAAGAACGUGGUAUUGAUCUUUGUAGGAGGAAAGAUGGGGAUAACAUUCUACACGCCGCCAUCUCUGGCGAGUACUUCGAUCUGGCUUUUCAGAUAAUACAUCACUACGGGCAACUUGUCAACUAUUACAACGCAGAGGGAAUGUCUCCUCUACACUUCCUUUCCAGGAUGCCUCAAGUAUUCAAAAGUGGCAGCCAUUUUCGGUCCAUAGAUAGCAUCAUCUACUACUGCACAAAUAUCGAAGAGCUAGAGUUGAUGACAUAUAAAGCUAAAGACAAAGAAGAUUCAUAUAGUAAGCUUAAAUGGAAUCUCCCAGAGAACUACCAAACAAUGGUGGAGUUCUUUGAACUACUUUGGAAUGGGACAUUGAAAACUCUACGUUAUCUUAACCGAACAUACUUUGGGAAUCGACCAUACGUUGGGAAGCAAGAAGACCCGUCUCAAGAUACUACAGGAGCAACUAAUGAGAAUCAAGGCAAGAAGUCUCAAGGAGCAACUACUGAGAAUAGAGAGAAGUCGUCUCCAGGCCAUCAAAAUAAUCAGCAAAAUGACAUCGAGAAUCCCCCAAUUCAAGAUACUACAGGAGCAACUAAUGAGAAUCAAGGCAAGAAGUCUCAAGAUACUACAGGAGCAACUACUGAGAAUGAAGGCAAGAAGUCUCCAGGCCAUCAAAAUAAUCAGCAAAAUGACGUCGAGAAUCCCCCAAUUCAAGCUGAAAGGAAGAGAAGCCGCAAGUUGUUUCCAGACAAUUACACCAUCUUUAUCGAGUUCCUCAAAUGUAUAAUGAAGAUUUUACUUAUUGUAUUGGGUAUUGGACUCCAGAGGACAAAAAAACUAGAGGAAAGGAAAAAGCAACAUACAUGGGGAGUUCAAAUCAUGAAGUUGAUGAUUGAGAAAGAAGAACGUUACAAAUCCUAUGAAAGUACUGGGGGGGAGCCAGAAGAUAGGCCCAAUAACCAAAUUGGAGCACCUCCUCCAGCACCCCCUUCAGAUGUUGAAAAUGAAGACAGUAACACUGCACAGAUCGAGCAACCACCAACUUCAAGCACAGAUAAGAAGAUAGAUGAUCUCAAGUCUGUUCUAAAUACAGAUAGGUCCAAGACCAAGGAGACACCCCUAUUAGUGGCAUCAAAGAUGGGUAUUGUAGAGAUGGUACAGACGAUCCUCAAAAAGUUCCCAAUAGCCAUUCAAGAUACGGACUCUAACGACAAGAACAUACUGCUUUUGGCUGUAGAGCACAGGCAAACAAAUGUCUAUAAUUGGUUAACAGGAGAAAAGUAUCCAGAGUACGUGUUUUAUCAUGUGGACAACCAUGGAAACAAUGCAGUGCAUCUAGCUGCAAUGUAUCAGAAGCUCGAGGUGUGGCGCAUCCCUGGUAGUGCUCUACAGUUGCAAGGUGAAAGGAAGUGGUACAAGUAUGUGAAGCACACUUUGCCACGACAAUCAUAUGUUCGUUAUAACAAUAAAGGUCAGACACCAAGACAGAUCUUCAUAGAGACACAUGCGAAUUUACUCAGUGAUGGAACUCAAUGGCUCGUCACAACUGCCAAUUCAUUCUCUCUCGUAGCAGCACUGAUUGCUACUGUUGCCUUUGCUACAUCUUCCACAAUCCCAGGCGGAGCAGAUGAUAACGGCCAUCCACACUUAAAAAAUCAGCCUGCUUUUGACGUGUUCUCUGUAACAUCACUAAUUUCUCUUUGCUUCUCUGUCACAGCUCUAGUGUUUUUCUUGGCUAUCCUCACAUCUCGAUGCCGACACAAUGAUUUCGAGAAAGACUUGCCAAGAAAGUUGCUCCUUGGAUUAACUUCGCUUUUUGCAUCAAUAACUGCUAUCUUGAUCUCAUUCUGUGCUGCACAUUUCUUUGUCCUCCGGGAUAAAUACAGGAAUGCGGCAAUUCCAAUAUACGGGGCAACAUGCAUACCUGUGGUGUUUUUUGCAUUUAAUCAGUUCCCUCUCUAUGUUGAUCUUAUAAGGUCAUACAUCCAAAAGCUACCACUUCGUAGCUAUAAGGUGUUUUAUACUGAUUCCUCAGAAGCAACUAGCUCAGAUCAAAAGAAAGAAGGUAAAGAAAAGAAUGAUUGAAACAAGUCGGAAUUAUGACAAGAGCAGAGCUUGCACGGUUUCCUAAUUCAGUUUCCAAAAAAGACCGGGUUGUUUUGUGUAAAAAAAAUGAUGAAUUCCAAGAAAGGUUUCCCUUCGUUGAGAGUAGGCGAGGUGGAGAUAAAAAUUUUCUAUGUAUCCUUGAAGAAACUCACACUUUUUUAAGAGUUCCGUGAUUUCAUAUACCUUUUUUCCAGACUAAAGCUAGUUAAAAUAGAGUGCUUAAUGUUGUUUGAUCCUGUAAUUCAUGUGAACUUGAGGAAGUCUAAGGGAACUUAUCAUAUCGAGAUAGCGCAAAAAAGGCAUUAUCCUAUUUUCCAGACUAAAGCUAGUUAAAAUAGGGUGCUAAAUGUUGUUUGAUCCUCUAAUUCAUGUGAACUUGAAGUCUAGGGAACUUAUCAUAUCUAGAUAGUGCAUAUCCUAUUUUGUAAAAUUAUUGAACAAGGAAACCGUUUAGAUUUUCAAGGAUCAUUUUUUAUCCAA